GAGGGGCGCCGAACCAGUUCGGCUGUGGUGUAGGUCACGGGCGCCAGUCAUGUGGCUCCCGCUCGUCGCGCUCCUGUUCCUGCUCCUGCUGCUCCUGGUGUGGAUCAGGAGGCCGUACCGACCCGACCGAUUUCCACCAGGCCCGCCAACAUUCCUGAUUUUCGGCAACAUCGAGUUCAUCAAUGAGACCCGGAAGGGCGUCUUCAGACCGCUGAUCGCCAAAUGUCGGAAGGAAUUCGGCGACAUCAUCGGCAUCAUCAUGCCGACCGGACAGCGGGCGGUGCACCUGCUCGACUUCGAUCUCAUCAAGGAGGCGACCGCGAUGCCCGAGUUCUCCGGCAGACCUUCGCUGUUCACCUCACUGGUGCGCAGCUUUCAGCAAAAGCUGGGCAUCAUCUUCAACGAGGGACCUACCUGGAAGGAGCACCGCCGGUUCUCGCUAAGACAUCUGAGAGACCUCGGCUUUGGCAAACAGUCGAUGGAGGGUGUGGUUCUGGAUGAAUUCGAAAGUCUCGCCAAAGAGAUGGAACAAAACAUCGACUCGCCGUUGACAAUCCACAACGACUUCUUCAACAUCACGGUCCUCAACGUCGUCUGGCAGAUGGUGGCCAGCAUGAGGGUGGAUCGAAACAGCCCCGAGGCGAAGCAGAUGCUACACAGCGUGAGCGAGUUCUUCCGGGUGGUGGGCCCGCGCAGCCCGAUGAACAUCACGCCGUGGCUGCGGCACUUCUUCCCCGAGUGGAGCGGGUACGCGCCGCUGAUCCGCCAUCGCGAGACCACCAUCGGCAUCUUCGACAAGAUCAUCGCCGAGCACCGGCAGACCCUGGACCGCUCCAGUCCUCGCGACUUCAUCGACCAAUUCCUCAUCGAGAUGGAGUCGGAGGACGCAGAGGCGCGUCAGUUCACCGAGCGAAACCUGGUCAUCGUCAGCAUGGACUUCUUCGUGGCCGGAAUGGAGACGUCGGCGACGAUGCUGCACUGGUCCGUCCUGCUGAUGGUGAUGUACCCGGACGUGCAGACGCGCGUGCAGCAGGAGCUGGACGCUGCGCUGGGCGGCCGGCUGCCCUCCUACAGCGACCGGCCGCGCCUGCCGUACACGGAGGCCACGCUGAUGGAGGUCAGUCGGCGGUGCACCAUCACACCACAGGGCGUGCCCCACAGCACCACCUGCGACACCACGCUGGCCGGCUACACCAUCCCCAAGGACACCUUCGUCUACAUGCACCUGCAGGAGAUCCACAUGGACCCCGAGUACUGGGGAGACCCGGAGGCCUUCCGACCGGAGAGAUUCCUGACGGCCGACGGCGCAGUGCGACACGACGAGCGUCUGAUUCCGUUCGGUGUCGGCAAGAGGUUCUGUCUCGGCGAGACGCUGGCGCGGAUGGAGACGUUCAUUUUGUUCGCGGGUCUGAUGCAGCGGUUCCGGUUCGCCGCCGUCCCCGGGCAGAAUCUGUCGCUCGACACCAAGUUUGGCGUGGUCCAGACACCGAUGAAGUACAGUGUGACCUACAGCAAGCGGGAUGGCUCACAGCAAACACAAUAAACUGGAGGACAACACGCCCAAAGGCACAACGCGA